GACACAUCACAGCAAGUGAACAGGCGACAUUCCAGCCCUGAGUUUCUGAGUAUCUCUAGAAACCCAGCAAGACACCCAGCAGAGUUCCUCCUAGCAGAGCGGAAGCAGAGACUCUUUUAAGGGGUAAGUGCUGCUGAGAACCGGACUCUGUGCCAGAGGACACUGAAGAAAGACUCAGCUGCAGAGGCGAUGGAGUAACUCAGCUGGACCUUACAAUGUCCACAUCACAUCUGGAUGUGCCCUCAAAUGAGGCACGCAAACUUUGCCACAAGAGAACGGGAAGCAUUGAACUGUUGGAAGUUAUUGGAGUCGUGAAAAAGGAUUAUGGCAGUGGGAGCUUUUCUAUGCUGCCUGUGCACUCCCCACAGUCCUUUGACUAUGUUCUGGUGGCCCAGAGAACAGAUGAUGUUGACCAGGAAAGCUUCAGAAAGCAGAGGGACUUCAUCAAUGCCCUGAAGGACAAGCAUUUGAAUAUACAGAAAAUUAUUGAUGAAGAUAAAGUUUUUUAUGGAAUCACAGCCCCGAAAGAGAUCUUUGAGACAUACAGAUACCUGCUCAAAGUGUCUGAUGCCUGUAAUUGGAGCUGUGAGCAACAGGGUACUAUCCCACAGUCCACCAGAAUACGCAUAGUUGACUUCAUUGUGGACCACACCAGCAUAGAAAGUAAUGGUGAACCAGAGUACCUGUCAGACCUCAUUCAGAGAAACAUAUUUGAGGCUCAAUUUUGUCUGCAUGAGAAACAGGAACAGAAAGAACUAAGCACCAGUUGGGCUCGAUGGACAGCCUGUUUAAAUGGGCAACCAAUAACAGAUGUAAGGGACUACUUUGGGGAGAAAGUGGCUCUGUAUUUCCUUUGGUUGGGAUGGUACACAUUUCUGCUGAUCCCUGCUGCUGUGCUAGGGGUCAUAGUCUUCCUUUAUGGCCUGGCCUUCUUCAAAACCAGCCCUCUAAUACAAGAAGUGUGUCAAUCAGACACUAUCAUGUGCCCACUGUGUGAUGAGAAAUGCAAGGUCUGGCAGCUCUCUGAUACCUGCACAUAUGCAAAGGUGAGCAUACUGUUUGAUAAUGAGGGAACAGUUGCAUUUGCCAUGUUCAUGGCAGUCUGGGCUACUGUAUUUCUAGAGUUCUGGAAACGCCACAGAGCAUCAUACGUCUCUGAGUGGAAGGUUUUUGACUGGUGUGAAGAAGAGGAGGAGCUGAUUCUGGAGAUUGUGAAUAAUCCUAACUGUGAAUCAAAGAAGCACAGUCACUCAUACCUGCGCAGUACACUAGUAAUGGUGUUAGUGACACUCAUGUUGCUGCUAAUCAUUGGGCUGGCGCAUGCCCUGGUGGUGUUCAGGGUAAUAGCCAGUGAACAGCUGGCUAAAUUCAGUAGCUGGUCAUUCAUUAGUGAAAACUCCAAUACAGUGGCUUUCAUGCUGGGAGCUGUGCUGCAUUACCUCACAAUAAUUAUCAUGACUAAGGUCAAUCACAAAGUGGCCAUGAAGCUUUGUGAACUAGAGAAAGCACGCUCCCAUGCAGCCAUUGAAAGGAGCUUCACAGUGAAGAUGUUUGUUUUCCAGUUCUUCACUCUCUUCUCCUCUCUUAUAUAUACAGCAUUCUUCCUUGGCAGGAUAAACGGACAUCCAGGUGGAUAUGUGAAAUUAGCUGGCAAAUGGAGAUUAGAGGAGUGCCACCCCAGUGGAUGUCUGACAGACCUGUUCAUUCAGAUGGCCGUCAUUCUGUUUCUCAAACAGACCAUCAACAACGUGUUUGAGUUCUCUGGCCCUUGGUUCACACGUUGGCGGAAGAGGCUACAGAGUCGAAAGUUGAGGCAAAAGGUUCGGCAGUGUUCGAAGAAGGACUGUAUGGAGAGCACAGCAGGUGCUGAACUUUGUGACAACUGUAAAGUGAAGGACCUGCUCAGGAACUUUGAUCUUGAUAGUGUGGACCAGUUCAGCCUCUUCAACGAGUUCCUAGAGAUGGUCCUCCAGUUCAGUUUUACCACCAUCUUCGUGGCUGCAUUUCCUCUGGCUCCUCUUUUAGCUCUACUCAACAACAUCAUCGAGAUCAGGCUAGACGCCAUAAAGAUGGUCAGCCUGGAACGAAGGCUCAUUCCCAAGAAGACUAACGACAUUGGUAUUUGGACUGAUGUGCUGGAAACAAUUGGUGUGUUAGCAGUCAUUGCUAAUGGGCUGGUUAUUGGGAUAUCCUCUGAUUUUAUCCCUCGAUUGGUAUAUCGUUAUCGCUACGGACCCUGUGCCAACUCCAGUGCUACUGAAACUGAUUGUAUGUCAGGUUAUAUCCAAAACACGCUGUCCACUGCUAACAUCAGUGAUGAAAACAUCAAAAGUGACUUUUUGCCUGAACAGCUGAUUACUCACAAUGGCAUAAAGGUGACAUCCUGCAGCUAUAGAGACUAUAGGAGUAAUGAGGACUACACUUUGACCAAUCAGUUUUGGGUCAUUCAGGCAAUCCGAUUUGCCUUUGUAGUUCUUUUUGAGCAUGUGGUGGUGAUGUGUAAGUUCAUAGCAGGGUGGUUUGUGCCUGGUUCUCCCUUAGAGGUGAAAAAUAACAGGCUGCAAGACAAACUCGACAGACUGAAGGAGGAACUGAAAGCUGAAAGAAAAAGGCAUGCCAGAUCACAGAAUGAAUGACCAAGGCUUGAUGAAUUGAAAUGAUGAAAGGCCCACAUGGAAAACCAGAAAACAUCACCAUCAGUGACAUGAGGAACUGUUGUAAAAUGUUUCACUGUGAGAUCUAACUAUUCAAAUGCUCAUUUGCAAGCUGACUGGGCAGGUGUCUAGAGCUCAGAGGAAAAAAAUGAAGGAGAAACACUAGCUGUUGGGCACAGCUGUUAACUUACUGAAUUUUACAGAUGCACCAUUCCUCACACUUUGUAGAGCUUUGUUAUACAAAGUGGAAAAUGUCUUAAUUUAGUCAGUACACGGGACCUUUUAUUUUUGUAUUAGUCAAUUAUGUAUAUUUUUGUACUCUGCUGAAUUUGUACUUUACGCUGUGCUUUAUUUGUUUUUCUAAUGUACUGAUUGUGUUAUUUUUGAUUGCUUGUUUUGCUCAUUUAUACUCAUGGACUGGAACUGGAUACUGUUGAAAAUAAAUUCUGUGUUUCUGCUG